UCCAUAGAGGUCAGAGGUCACGUAUUUAGCGGGAGUUACCAAAAAUCAACACAGACGAGAUCUGUCUGAUUUUUUGUUUUUUUAUGUACUUUAUCAUCGAAUUAAACUAAAUUUACAAUAUACAGUAGAAAACCAACACCGCAAGGAAUAAGCUGCUCAGUGGCUAAUUUAGCGUCCACAACCUUUCUCCAGUCAUGUUCUCAGACGUGAUCGUGCCAAAGGAGACGUUGCUGUGUCCUCCAGGCUCCGAGGAGCUCGUGUUUGACCGUCACCAGCCCUCAUACAACGGCUGCUCGGAGCGGUUCCGCCUCGGCGAGCGCAGCUUCAGCCGCCAGUACGCGCACAUCUACGCCACCAGACUCAUGCAGAUGAGAAACAUCCUCAGGGACAGAGCCACGCAGAAGUGGGGUUGUGUCGUGCCCAUCAGGAAGCUGUGUGACCUGCAGAUGGGUGAACAGUGUAUAAUAGUGGGCACCAUAUUCAAACACAUGGAGCUGCAGCCAUCCAUCCUGAAGGAGAUCAGCGAGGAGCACAAUCUGUUGCCCCAGCCGCCUCGUUCCAAAUACAUCAGCCAAUCAGAUGAGCUUAUUUUGGAGGAUGAACUUCAGAGGAUUAAACUGGAGGGCAACAUUGACGCACCCAAGUUUGUAACAGGGAGUGUAAUUGCCAUCAUGGGCGCUGAGAAAAAUGAUGGGAAAUUCACAGUUGAAGACUUCUGCAUGGCUGAUCUUCCUCCACAGAAACCCAGACAGCCUCCCAGCUCAGACAGGUUUGUUCUUCUUGCCUCUGGCCUGGGAUUGAACGGCAGCAAAGCAGACAGCAUGAUGGGAUUGCAGCUUUUGGUUGAUAUGGUAACCGGUCAGCUCGGAGACCAGGGGGAGCAGAGCGGAGUGGCUUCCAUCUCGAGAGUCAUAUUAGCUGGAAACCUGUUGAGUCAAAGCACUCAGGACAAAGACUCAACAACUAAGGCAAAGUAUCUGACUAAGAAGACUCAGGCUGGGAGUGUGGAGGCUAUCAGACUGCUGGAUGAGCUUCUAGUUCAGUUAGUGGCCUCUGUACCUGUGGAUGUCAUGCCUGGACAGUAUGACCCAACAAACUACACCCUCCCCCAGCAGCCCCUGCACCGCUGCAUGUUCCCGCUGUCUGUGCCCUUCCCCACACUGCAGCUGGUCAGCAACCCAUACCAGGCCGUCGUAGAUGGUGUCCAGUUCUUGGGCACAGCAGGACAGAAUGUCAGUGAUAUUGUGAAGUACAGCAGUGUGGACGAUCAUCUGGAAAUAUUAGAGAGCACACUGAGACUCCGUCACCUGGCUCCCACCGCACCGGACACACUGGGUUGUUACCCAUUCUACCAGAAAGAUCCCUUUAUAUUGGAAGAAUGCCCCCACGUGUACUUUUGCGGGAAUGCACCAAGCUACCAAUGUAAACGACUCACAGGACCUGAAGGACAAGAUGUUCUCCUGUUAGCAAUCCCAGAGUUCAGCAGCACACAGACAGCCUGUCUUGUGAACCUGCGCACUUUAGAGUGUGAGCCGGUCUGCUUCUCCUCUUUUUCCACAGAGGAUGAUGAGGACAGUGAGAUGAAUAUCAGCCAUUAAACACUCGCUUAUCAACAUAUGGCAAUUUGUUCACUUGUUUCUGUGUUUUGUUAUUUGUUAAUAAAGCUCCCUCUUUUGUAUGAAA